ACAUGAGAGGGCUUGGCCCAUGCUAAAACGUCAUUUUUUUCGGAACUUUUUUCUUAACGGUUCUGAUAUUUUCUGUCGACAGGGUUUAUGCACUCUGCGCAAAAAUGGCAGCUUCAGUGGCUAUCGAGAGAGGCAGCACCAUUCUUCCCUCCCUCUUCAAAACAAAACCCCUCAAGUCUUCGCAUUUUGUGUUCACUUUCUCUCUCUACUCUCUAAAAAAAUUCAUUCACUCCAAGCCAUUAGUUUUUACAAGCCAGACUUUUAUGGCGAGGUGCUUGAGUACUCAAGCAAUGCCAAAUAGUUGUCAGAGGCUACCGAGCCAUAUUGACCCUAGGGUUUUUCAAAGUUCCAGUCAGGGACCUGUAGAUAAUAUGGCUCCAUUCCAAGAAGCUAGGGUUUAUACUACUGAGGAUUUCGUCAAAUUUUGCAGAGAGGGAAAGGCAAAGGAGGCUAUUGAAGCUCUAGGAGCUAUUGAAAAACAAGGUAUUCAACUCGACCCAAAUGUGAUCUUUGCUAUUUUGGAGGUAUGUGGAGAUUUAAAGGCUUUAGAGGAAGGUAAGAGGGUUCAUGACUAUAUAAUGAGAUGUCCUUUUAGGAAUUUGCACAUGCAUAAUAAACUUAUGGAAAUGUACUGUAAAUGUGGUAGCAUGAAAGAAGCACGCCAUGUGUUUGAUCGAAUUCCUGAAAGAAAUUUGGAUUCAUGGAACCUUAUGAUCAAGGGGUAUGCAUCAAAUGAUCAAGGAGAUGAAGCCCUUCAAUUGUUUGGGCACAUGAGAGGAGCAGGGGUGAGCCCAACUAGGGAGACUUUUGUUUCAGUUUUGUUGGCAUGCCGAGUUUUGGAAUCAGUAGAAGAAGGGUUCAUCCAUUUUGAAUCGAUGGAAAAGGAUUAUGGAGUUUCUCCUCAAGUUGAGCAUUAUGCACGAAUGGUGGAGGUUCUUGGAAGGUCGGGCCAUUUAGCAGAAGCAGAGGAAUUUGUUGACGGAAUGGCGAUUCCACCGCCAAUUCCAGUAUUAGAAACAUUGAAAAAUUAUGCUAGUAUUCAUGGUGAUACCGAUCUUGUUAAUAGGGUAGAAGAGCAAUUGAUUGCUUUUGACCCAUCUCGAGAAGCCCAAAAAUCUAAUGCUCCAAAGGUUCUUCCUCCAAGGAAGAGGCUUGGAUUGAACAUGCUUGAGGGGAAGAAUAAGGUGAAUGAAUAUAGAGCUGGAACCAAUCCUCAAAAAGGAGAGACUUAUGAGAGACUCAAAGGUUUAAGUGGUCAGAUGAAAGAGGCUGGUUAUGUGCCUGAUACUAGAUAUGUGCUUCAUGAUAUUGAUCAAGAGGCAAAAGAACAAGCUUUGCUUUAUCAUAGUGAGAGGUUGGCCAUUGCUUAUGGACUUAUUAGCACUCCUGCUAAUACCCCAUUAAGGAUUAUCAAGAACCUCCGUGUUUGCGGGGACUGCCAUAAUGCUAUCAAGAUCAUGUCGAAGAUUGUUGGGAGAGAGCUAAUUGUAAGAGAUAACAAAAGGUUUCAUCAUUUCAAGGAUGGGAAGUGUUCAUGUGGUGACUAUUGGUAAAAAGAAUGAAUUCGGUUUUUCUUUAACAACUUCAAUUCUUUCUUGCUAGAAAGAAGUAAAUGUACCUUUAGAUAGAGCUGAUGCUAGAAAUAAGUAAAUAUACCUUCAGGGACAGCUGUUAUGGACUCUUUUUAAUGAAGACAUUAAAAGUUUGGAUUUGGUAAUAUGGUUGGCUGUUAUGGUCUAUGACGCUUGAGAUGGAUUCCUUCAGCAAGCUAAGUCACAGUGAAAUGUUGUUGUUAUAGUGGAGGAAGGAAUGAGCUGUUGAGCUUUGUAGAUGUUGUAUUUAUGUUUUUAGUUUUAGGUUGUGCUAGUUGGAAUUCUCUUUUGUUGAUGAAACAGUUUGAACUUUAGAUUAUUCUAAUCCUGCUCUUCGUAAUAAUAUGGGGUAUACUUUCUUAUGGUU